AUGCUCGCCUUGCCGUUGACGCCUAGGAGUCCAGGAGUACUCGAUUUUGACUGCGCCCCCACGCGCGCCACUCCCUCACCGAAGGUGGUUGUACCAUCGUGUGAGCGGUCUCCAUCCCCAUCGAUCUUCACACCCAUGGCCAUGACAGCAACGAGAUCUCAACCAGCUUCGCAGAAGCGACCCAAGCUGUCGCUCCAGACCUCCUCACUUCCUAUUACUUUCGGCAAAUCUUCCACCGCUUUGAAGAUCACAGCCUCCACACAUCCUGUUGCCUCUCCUACGGUGUUGAACACAUUCAACAAUGCCUACGAUCUACCACAUCGCUCCUCUCCAGCUACCGCUUCCCCGACAGGUGCAAAACUCGCUCGACCAUCCUCUCGCCUCGUCUCCCCGUUCGCGUCGAGCAAAGAAGACCGUCCGUACCAAAUCUCACAUGGGCUCAAGGGUAUCUUGCGCAACGGCCCCAUACCUUCUGGGCUCCGAAGAUCAUCGCUGUGCCCUGCAACCGAGAGUCCACGUACAGCUAGGAGAGCUUUCUUCCCUGCGGCGAGGAAGGUCACCUUUCGCGCUAUACUGGAAGAAGAAAUAAAGACAAGCACAUAUACUGCUAAGCACUCAGACCUCUCUUCGGACGAGGAAGAUUCGGACUCCGACGUGCAAUCUGAGCUCUCUCUAUCAUCGUCUGAUGAGUCAGAUGUGGAAGAACUUGCUCAAGUGAAUACAGAUACAGCUGGUACACAGCUAAGGCGGAAACGAAAAGCAGGGAGUGAUCGUCAAGUCCAAGCCGCAGCUAUCAGAGAUUGCAUCGUCGAUCCUGCAAUGAUACAACAGCAAAUGCGGCCCAAAUUCGAGUGGCGAGGGAAACGCAGAAGGCGCCAAUGGAAGUGGACCCUGGAGCCGUUGAAAGGAGUUUUACCGCAGGCAGACACUGGGCUGCAGCUAAAGAAACCAGACCCCUCUCCCACGAAGAUGCCGUUGCCACUGUCAGCUGGCCUCGACCGUGAUGACACUCUCUUAUCACCAUCGAAUAUCGCUCUUGUCCCAUCGGCCACCCUUGUGCCUGCGCACGGCAAACCUGUCCCUCCAUCAUCUACGCAGUCGAGCACACUUUUGCCACACUCUGCGACGGUUCCCUCGUCGACUUCAUCGGCCGCAGGCAUCUACGCUGAAGAAGAUAAAGAAGACAUCGCCGCAGACCCUCUGGAUAGAAAGAGGCAUGAAGAUUCUGCUGGUGAUAUAUAG